AUGCCAGCAUGGUGUGUGGCCCCCGAGGUUCUCCGCCAUUUAAAAAAUCGCGCCCAUCAAAUCCCACACGCCGAUGCUGUCCAGAUUAGCGAGAAGUUGGACCAGGCGUUGGUUGGAAUACCCGUACAACCUGAUGGUUUAUUAUGUCGGCGGGAUUCCCCGGGCUGUCAGUACAUAGGAAGAACAAUUGAGAAUAUGCGAAAGCACUGGCGCACCACCCAUGGAUGGUCCCAGUAUCCGCAUGGUGGUCGAGUAAGCCGUGACGAGCGCGUGCGUGCAGAUGCUGAGCUGCAGCGAUCCUUUAUAUCUGUGACAUGCCAGCAGAUAUUCCCAUCGCGCAAAGGAUCGCAUUAUAUUCACAUCCGCAAUCCAAAUGAGAACGACGAACCGGCGAUCCCCACAGAUGAUAUCCAGGUUGCUGUCCAGGAGCUAGAGAACGCGUGGAAGGAGGCGCAGUCCACGCCGAGUACAAUUCAGGCAUCUGAUAUUACCGACGCCAACCCAUGGCUGCGCAUGACCCGGUGGUCCGAGUAUUUAGAAGGAAUCGCACCAAAGGAUCUAACCGACAGCGUGGCGCCGCCCGAGGAAGAGCCCACAGAUCCCGUGGAGCAGGGCGUGCGCCACAUUUGGGCCGCCAUGGAGCAGGUCGUGCGCAAGAGCCAGCGCGUGGUCCAGCACAGCGGCCAGGCAAUCUGCAUUGAAGCCAUCCGAUCUGAAAAGGGUCAAACACCAUAUCGACCGUUGCAGGCCGUUUAUCGCGCGCACCCAGGCGCCACACGGAUGGACGAGUCCCCGUACGGGAUGACAGCACGGCAGCGCAAGAAAUGGCGGCAGUUAUGGCACCUCGCCACUACCCACCGGGAUAUUCCCGGCGAGCCGCAGGACGACGACGCAGCGUGGCGCAUGACCCCGAUCGAAGGCGCGUGUUUGGAGUUUUGCAUCGAGUUGCUAAACCAAAAGCAGCGUAGCCAUGAGUACGAGAGCGUGCUUGUGGCGCGCUUUAUAAUUGUCCAGAAAGCGCUUUGGUUGGAUCCGAAUCCCGAGGAGAUUAUCGCGGUGUGGCAGAAGAAGAGUAACUGCGCGCAGUGGGUGCUCGCCAGCGCCGACGACGAGCUGGAGGAUAUUUAUUCGGACGAGGGAUAUUACAGUCAACCAGAGCAAGGCAUCCCAUCAUCGCCCCCACAUCGCCCAUUACCAGCAGAGCACGUGGAGUGGAUGGUGCAGCGGUUUAUGGUGCGUGGCACCCACAGUCCAAUACAAACGUUGCAGGAUUGGCGCACGUACGGGUUAAAGAUCCAUUAUAAUACCACGGCGCCCGGGCACAUUACAUGGAACCAUGGCGACGAGCUCGGAUACAAGCAUAUCACAUUUACCAUGGGCGAUUUCCGCGGAUUUGUCCAUGGAUUGGUCGGGGCCACACGCCAGAUAUUGUGCGACAUACUGCCACGGUGGGAUGGAAUUUUUGCGGGAUCAGCGCACGCAAUGGCCGGUGGGGCCCAAGUGGAUGAUCGGCCGGUUGCGGCCGAGCCGGCCGUGCAGAAGGAGUUUACCGUCCGGCGCCAAGCCCGACGGCUGCACAUGCCGAAGGUGGCGCAGUAUCUGGAGCGCGUGGCGCGAUUUAAGGAGAAAUUAGCAGUGCUUGUUCACGUGGUAUCCGGCCAGCCGGCUCGCGCACCCGAGUUAUUAAGCAUUCAACAUGUGAAUACCGUGGCGAAUCGACAGCGCAAUAUCUAUAUCGAGGACGGGAUGGUGGCGUUGGUGACGGCGUACCACAAGGGGUUUUACGCGAGUAACGAUAUAAAGAUCAUUCAUCGAUUUGUGCCACGGGAGGUGGGUGAAUUAAUUGUGUGGUAUUUAUGGUUGGUAUUACCAUUUGUGCAGCAACUAAGCGCAUGGCAUGCGAAGCAGACGCAGGGCACCACGGCGCAGGGCAUGCACGCAACGCAGGGAACGCACGCAGUGCAGGGCACCACCACAGCGCAGGGCACGAACGCAACGCAGGGCACGCAGGGAAUACGCGCAGUACAGGGCACCACCACAGCGCAAAGCACCACCACAGCGCAAAGCACCACCACAGCGCAGGGCACCACGGUGCAGGGCGCUCACGCAACGCAGGGCACGUACACAUCGCAGGGCACGUACGCAGCGCAGGGCACCACGGCACAGGGCAUGGACGCAACGCAGGGCACGCACGCAACGCAGGGCACGUACACAUCGCAGGGCACGCACGCAGCGCAGGGCACGCACGCAGCGCAGGGCACCACAGCGCAGGGCACGCACGCAGCGCAGGGCACCACAGCGCAGGGCACGCACGCAGCGCAGAUCCGCGAAGAUGCGUUUUUAUGGGGCCCCGACCCCGGAACCCGGCGCAAAUGGACGUCCGAGCGGUUCCGGGAGGUGUUAAAGCGCGAAACCAAGACCCGGUUAAAAGAAGCCAUUAAUAUCCAGUGGUAUCGGGAUAUCGCCAUUGGGAUUAGCCGACGAUUUUUGCGACCCACUGCCGCGUUUGCCAGCAACAUGCAGGAGGAGAGAGACUUGGCGCAGGCUGUGUUAAACGCCGACACCGAGGAGGGCGGCGCAUUCAUCCCAAUUGGCGGGUGGAGUGUACGGCCGUGGUAUUAUGGAGCAGCCUGGGACCACGGCACAUCGCCGUGCAAUGUUUCGACUCUCCAGCACCGAUUGGCACCGGUUUUGGGGUUUGCAUCCGCCGCGGAGCCCAGCCCGUUGGGGAAGCGCAAGAGAUCACCAUGGGAGGACGAAGCCGAGGAGGGCCGAGUGGUCCGACGUCACCGGUUAAAUAUCGCAGAUAUGCGCACCACGUUGCAGCACAUGACCGGGCAAGAGGAUAUCCAGUUCCGGGGCGUCCAAGCACCGGCGUUGCGCGCCAUUCAGGACGGCAAGAGCCCGGUGCCCAGUGGUACUACCAUUGUGGUCGUGCCAUUAAUAUCAUUGCGGAACGAUAUGGUGCGGCGCUGUCGCGAGUUGGGUAUAUCCUGCAUUGAAUGGGAUAGUCGACGGCCACCGGACGAAGCGACAAUUGUACUGGUCACACCGGAAUCCGCGGUGCAGGAGGAUUUUCAAACGUUUAUUAACCGGUUGCAGCAAACACGCCGGUUAGACCGGAUCGUGAUCGACGAAUGCCAUGUGAUAUUAAACGACCAAACGGAUUUCCGACCCGAGUUGCGACAGCUGGGGCGGUUGAACCACGCGCGAACCCAGAUGGUGUUAUUAACUGCCACGUUGCCGCCGCGGUUGGAGGCGAAGUUAUUCCGGCGCAUGGAGUAUUCCCGCGAGCAAGUCCAUAUAUUUCGGGACCGGACAAGCCGUCCCAACGUGGCGUAUCGCGUGUGGCGGCCCGAGCUGGGUCGGCGUUCCAUGCAGUGGUUUACCAGCGAGCCGGUGCUCGCGUUUAUCCGCGAGCGAAUCCAGCGCGCCAAGGAUGGCAAGGUGGUGGUAUACGGCCAUGUGGUCCGUCAGGUAGUGGAGAUUGCACGCGAGUUAGCGUGCGAGGCGUACUACAGCAAGCAGGUUGACAAGCCAUCUAUAUUACAGCGAUUUACCCGGGCGAGGCGCGAGUAA